CUCAGUUCUGAGGAACAAAAUAGGGGAAAUUAGAAAUUCAACAUGAAUUUACUUGACUUACCGCAGACAGUGCUGAUGGACAUAUUCGAGUAUCUGCCGUAUGACGAAGUUGCCAAAAAGCGCGAGGUGUGCACUCACUUCAAUUUUACGGGCCAGCAAGUGCUGAACCUGGGAUUCAACAAGAUUAUCAUGGAACAUGCCAAGAUUUUCAAGCGUAUCAAGUCUAUGCUGCCGCGUCGCGAAUCGGAACGCAGGAAUCAUCCCCUGUCGCGGCACUCGGACAUACUCACAUCCAUUGAGACGCGCAUAUCCAUGCUGACGAUGACCUAUUCGAAGUUUAUUGACCUCAAUAUGUGCUGCUUCAUACCAGGCCGUGUCCUGGACGAGAUUGGCGAGAUUCUGAGACUGCUGCUGACAACAUCAAAACCAUUGCGUCCGCACGAAGUGCUGCAGGAGCUACGUGACAUCUCCUCCAUGGCCAUUGAGCACUUUGAUGAAAAGAUUGCCACUGAUUUCAAGCAAGAGCACCGUAAGCAGCUGGCCGAGUCCUCGGGUACACGACUGCUAGUCUGUGGCCCCCUGGGGGAUAUCAGCUUUAGUGGCGUCAAACGGGAAUGCCAGCCCGUGGAUCAUGCCAUUGUCCAGCAGGCCAUAGUGCAGCUGGCUCCACUCAGUGCCGGCAACCAAGCCACUUCCACUCGCGGACGCCUCAACAUAAUGCUGCAGCGGCAAUACCAGCAGCAAAGGCUGCUCGCUUCGAAGGUGCGCAGUCUAGAGGCUGCCCGCAAGACACAGGAUCGCCGCCUACAUGAGGCGACGGGCUGCAUAACAGAACUGACCACCCAGGUGUCGGAGCUGAAGCGUCAGCUGGAGGAUGUGGUGGCCAACACGCCCAGUGUUGCCGUCAAACGCCAGGCGGUGAGCAGCUCAGACUGCCUGCCAGCCCUUAAGAAACCCAAGGUAUAGCCAACAAAUUAGAGCAGAAAAAGUAAGCAGAUUAGACUAGAAGUGUAGAAGUGUGCCCCAUCCCCUCCAAAGAGAGAGAAGUGAUGUGAAGUGAAGAGAAACGUGUGUGUAAUGUAGCCCAUAACUUAUAGACAGUGCAGUGCAGCUCUGAUAUAUCGCGUUAAGAUUUAUUGUUGCACUUGUUACUUAAAUAUUGUAUUAUUACUACUAUAUAAAUACAUUGAACAUCUAAUGAA